AUGAUAGCCUCAAAUGACAGGCCUAAAUUGGGCUGUAUUUCACGAUAUUCCAUGUGGUUAACCCUACAAAAAGAAGUUGAAAGCGAACCUGAAGACUUUUCAAAAUGGACCAAGCUUAUAGAUGAGAUAGAACAGCAGGUUGCUCAGAAUACAAAUGAGAUCAGCUCUAGCCAUGAUGUAAAGAAAGUGAUUCACUAUGAUUUUGACAGGCUUCUCGGUAGAUAUCCAUUUCUAAGCCAAGUUUGGAAACAAUAUGUCACCAUUGAGUACACAUUAUCUGGACUUGAGUCGUCUGCAAAGGUGUUAGAGAGAGCUGUGAAAGAUUUCCCACAGUCUUUAGAUUUAUGGCUUGAUUACAUAAAUAUCAACAUAACAAACAAACUUCUGCCAGCUGAUGGGAUCAGAUCGCUAUUUCAGAAAGCAUUGAAAUUGGUCGGUAGGCAGUUUAUGGCUCAUCCUAUCUGGGAUCUAUACAUUGAAUGGGAAGAACAAAAUUCGGGCCACAAUUCAAAUGAAUACUUGAACAUAUAUUUACAAAUAAUAUGGAUCCCAUUAUACGAAUAUGCAAGAUAUUUUGAAGCAUUUACUGAUCUACGUUCACAUUUUACAAUCAGAGAUCUUAUACCGGAAAACACGAGUAAUACCGUGCUUUCUAAUGUUUUGGAUCAGUUAAAAAUAAACGGUACAAAUUGGGAUGAGUUGGACGAUGAGAAAUUGCAGACAUUGAUUGAUACAUACUUUAAAGCAAUUUUUGCAAGAACUCAAAAGGGCACAAACGAAAGAUGGAAGUACGAAAGUGCUAUAACACGAUUACAAUUUGAACCAAAACCUGUGUCAGAUGAAGAUUUUAAAUGCUGGGCGGACUAUCUAGAUUUCGAAGAGAAAAAUGGUGAUAUUGAACAGAUAAUCUGCCUUUACGAGCGUUGCUUGAUAACAGAAUGCCAGUACCAAAGUGUAUGGAUGAGAUAUAUCCGCUUUUUGAUACAAAACACAACCAACGAAGACAAAGUCUUACAAUGCUUCAAUAAUGCAAUAAAUCGAUUCCUGUUAAAAACAGAUCUCAAAAUCAGAUAUAUGUUCUCCAAGUAUUAUGAGCUAAAACUGCAUGAUACUGAAAAGGCUGAAAAUAUCUUACUUGAAGUGGUGAAGCAAAAUCCAGCUGAAUAUGAGCCUGUGGGACGGAUUUUCAGGUUGAUAUAUAGGCACGCAAAGGAUAAAGACAUAAUAAUAAAGGAUGCUCUUGCAUGCGUGAUGAACAUCCAUUUGGAUAUGACCAAAAAAGAUAACAUAUCUAAUCCAAGAAAAAAAAGAAGAGUGGAUGCUUCUGUUACAGAAAUAAAAUCAGCUAAAUUGGCAAACCUUACGCAUAUUUUGAAUUUCAAAAACUGCUCACAGUUGGUGGUAGAAGUCGGAAAGAUAUAUUGGCUUGAUCGCCACUCCAUCAAGGAGACACGUGAAGUAUUGAUCAAGUUCUUCAACUUCCGUAUUAUGCGUUCAAGUGAACCGUAUUGGCUUUUUUUCGUCAAGUUUGAAAUGUGCGAAGGAAACACACACAACUUGACAAACAUAGUGAACUACAUCAAAUUUUAUAGCGAGAUGUCAAUAACUGUUACUAACACAAUAUUAUCUGAGUACAACAGUUACAUGCUGAAAAAUGGAACUACUGAGCAAAUAUCAAAUAUAUCCCGCGAGCUUAUCAGAAAUACCUUAGAAUGUGAUAUGGAAUCAUCAACAGCAAUGAAGCAUUUCUUAAAAGCUCGUUUGGAUCGUGACUUGAAUGAAAAGGCUGUCAAUAAGCGGUUGAUUUCUGAAAAUGGUCAUCCUUCGGGAGUUGCGGAGGCCAGACCUCUAAUUUCCAACCAAAUUGAUUACGAACUUGGAAUUUCAGAACUAGGAACAGCACCGAUUCCAAGAUUUAGUCAAGUUGAACGUGCAAAUGCUACGGUACGGUUUGCACACCAGGAUGAAUGA